AUGAAAUCCUCCAGGAUGAUGAGUUCUAAUCCUGAGGAAGACCCCCUGGCCACAUUUCUCCAGUAUAUUGAGGAUAUGGGGAUGAAGGCCUACGACGGAUUGGUUAUUCAGAAUGCAUCGGACAUUGCGCGAGAAAAUGAUCGCUUGAGAAAUGAAACAAACCUGGCCUACUUGAAGGAAAAGAAUGAAAAACGCCGAAGACAAGAAGAAGCAAUAAAACGCAUAGGUGGAGAAGUAGGGCGAGGCCACGAAGGAACUUACGUGGGCAAACACUUCCGCAUGGGAUUCAUGACGAUGCCCGCUCCUCAGGACAGGCUGCCCCAUCCUUGCUCCAGUGGCUUCUCUGUGAGGUCGCAGUCGCUGCACUCGGUCGGGGGCACAGACGAUGACAGCAGCUGUAGCUCCCGGAGACAACCACCCCCCAAGCCCAAGAGGGACCCCAGCACCAAGCUGAGCACGUCGUCCGAGACGGUCAACAGCACGGCGGCCAGUAAGAGCGGGAAAGGCCCCGAGCGGAACGAAGUGCCAGCCAAGCCGAGACCCCACAGUGAUGAAUAUUCAAAGAAGAUUCCUCCUCCAAAACCAAAACGGAAUCCAAACACUCAGCUCAGCACUUCUUUUGACGAAACGUAUGUCAAGAAGCAUGUGCCCCGGAGGACCUCACUCCCUCGGGACCCCUCCCUCUCCCAGGUCAGCAGCCCCUCAGGGGGCCCCGAGGAGGAGGAACCCGUGUAUAUUGAGAUGGUGGGGAACAUUCUCAGAGACUUCCGGAAAGACGACGACGACCAGAGUGAGGCCGUCUACGAAGAAAUGAAAUACCCCAUUUUUGACGACUUAGGCCAAGACUCAAAGUGUGACCUUGACCAUCACAGUUGUUCUUCGCAGUGUGCUACUCCCACGGUGCCUGACUUGGACUCGGCCAAGUCCUCAGUGCCAUGUACCCCGAAGGGUUUGCUCUGUGACAUUCCUCCGCCCUUUCCCAACCUGCUUUCUCAUAGACCCCCGCUGCUGGUGUUCCCCCCGGCCCCUGUGCAGUGCUCCCCCAACUCUGAUGAGUCUCCGCUCACCCCCCUGGAGGUCACAAAGCUUCCUGUGUUGGAAAACGUGUCUUAUAUGAAACAGCAAGCCGGGGCGUCACCAUCCUCCUUGCCGUCCCAGGCCUCCGGCCACCCUAAACUGGAGAAAGAUCAGGCCGGAGCCCUGGGACCCGUUCCUGCUGCCUCGGUUCUCUCCUCGUCCCCUCCCCCGCCUUCCACUCUAUACCGAACGCAGUCUCCCCACGGCUACCCCAAAAGUCACUCCGCCUCUCCGUCACCCGUUAGCAUGGGCAGGUCCCUGACCCCGCUCAGCCUCAAAAGGCCCCCGCCCUACGAUGCCGUGCAUUCAGGCAGCCUCUCCAGGAGCUCUCCAUCAGUGCCUCAUUUGACCCCCAGACCGGUGUCGCAAGAUGGGAGCAAGAUGGUCAAUGCCUCGGUCAAUACCUACGGGUCGGCUCCGAGCGGUUCCCGGUCCAGAACACCCACGAGUCCUUUGGAGGAACUAACCAGCCUCUUUACCUCGGGACGCAGCCUGCUGAGGAAGUCGUCCAGCGGCCGCCGCCCUAAAGAACCUGCAGAAAAAUCAGCAGAGGAGCUGAAAGUUCGGAGCCACAGCACGGAACCAAUACCAAAGUUGGACAACAAAGAGAGAGGACAUCAUGGGGCAUCUUCCUCCAGAGAGCCUAUCAAAGCUCAGGAAUGGGAUGGAACACCUGGGCCACCUGUGGUCACCAGUAGACUGGGAAGAUGCUCUGUGAGCCCCACCUUGCUAGCAGGAAACCACAGCUCAGAACCGAAAGUAAGCUGCAAACUAGGCCGGUCUGCGUCCACAUCAGGUGUGCCCCCUCCAUCCGUUACUCCUCUCAGGCAAGCCAGUGACCUGCAACAGAGCCAGGUGGCAUGCAUGCAGUGGUUUCAUGGAGACCAUACAAUGCUUGAGAUGAUUGAGAAAAAACGUUGCUUGUGCAAGGAAAUAAAAGCUAGACAGAAAACGGAAAAGGGCCUUUGCAAACAGGAUAGCAUGCCUAUCCUACCCAGCUGGAAGAAGAAUGCGGGUACAAAGAAGUACAGCCCUCCACCCUAUUCUAAACAGCAAACGGUAUUCUGGGACACUGCCAUAUGA